CCUAGUCUGGGCGUAAUUCGAGACAUCACCCAGCAGCGCUUUGGAAAACGGCCAUGCCUUUGGCAGAUCAAAAUCACACAAGCAUUCAUUGAAGCUAACCGUGACAUUGUGUGCAUUGCCGGUACAUCAAUGGGGAAGACUAUGACAUUUUUGAUGCCUUUACUAUUCAAACCCAGCCUUCAAAUUAUCGUGACUCCAUUGAACCAGCUUGGGAGACAGAACAUUUCGUCACUGGCAAAAGCAGGCUUGCUAAGUAUAUCGAUAAGCUCAGAGACAGCUAGCUGGGCCAAUUUUCGUGACAUCAAAGAUAUGAAGUAUAGGGCCGUCAUCGUUAGUCCAGAGCAGCUUAUGAAGCCUGGAGGGGAAUUUGAGAAACUGCUGCGCAAACCGCUUUUUGCGCAGCAGAUUAUUGGCGUGGUAUUUGAUGAAGCACAUUGUAUCGCAACCUGGGGUGAAUUCCGUCCUGAAUACAAGGAAUUAGAACGUCUCCGUUAUAUCCUGCCUUGCUACGUCCCUUUCAUGCUCGCAUCCGCAACGCUCACAGUGGACAAUCUCGCACACGUGAAGCGGCUACUCCACAUA